AGAAAAUGUGGUCAUAGCUAACCCAUCUGAACCGCCAUCACCAGGAAUGUGUGAUAAAGCACUUGGAAUGAGUGAUGAUAGUAUUGAUGGAACCGUGUCCUACUCGUCAUUUACGAUAAACAGUGGGAAAGGAGGGCUUGAAAAUCCAUGGCUGCCCGAGUCUGGAAAAUUUAUUGGAUCAUUUAUCCAAGUUGAUUUUCAACGAGUUGGCUUCUUCACAAAAAUUGAAAUAAAAGGUGGAAUGAUUAAUGAAAGAACAGGAUAUGUAAAAGAUGUUAGAGUAGAAAUCCUUAAAGAAAAAAAUAAUAAUGAUAGCUGGAAGGAGGUCGGCACAUUCAAAGCAAACACAGAUGUGAAUACAACAGACAUUUUAAGUUUCAACAUGACUAUAGGAUAUGCAAUACGAUUACAACCAAUAACUUGGAAAGACUACCCUAUAAUUGGAUUUGAAGUUUUUGGAUGUCUACCGUCAACCCCAACUACAGGUACUCAAGCUGGAGCACCAGGAACAAGUGCACCUUUGAUUCAAACAACUCAACCGUCGGUAACCACUGGGCCCGCUUCUACAACUGCAGGUUUGGAAAAAUGUCCAGACGAUACGCCAAAUGGCCCAUUAAAUUUUGAAACUGUGACUUCUUCAUCGAAUCCAGAUGGUGCUGAAAACGCUUUAACACCUUCAGGAUGGAAACCGUCAGCUGAAGACGAAAAGCCAGUUUUAGAGUUAUCAACAAGUGACAGUAAUCCGAUAAUGAAUGUUGCUCUAGUAACACAAUUUGCUGACAGCAUUGAUGUCAAACUUUAUAAUGACAACGUUUUAGUUUAUGAGGAGACAGUCAAGGCACAACCAAAUGGCAUCGUAGAACUGGAAUUUAUCAAACCUCUGUUGGCUGACAAGAUAACAUUGACGAUAAUACCUGACCAAACACCUAAUGCCACUCCGGUUGUUAAAAGUGUCAUCGUGGAGGCUUGUAUUAAAGCUGUGACCACAGGACAACCAGCCACAACACCUACAUCGUCUCCAGUGAUUACCUCUGGAACACCUUCUACAGCGUCAACCCCAACUACAGGUACUCAAGCUGGAGCACCAGGAACAAGUCCACCUUUGAUUCAAACAACUCAACCGUCGGUAACCACUGGACCCGCUUCCACAACUGCAGGUUUGGGAAAAUGUCCGGACGAUACGCCAAAUGGCCCAUUAAAAUUUGAAACUGUGACUUCUUCAUCGAAUCCAGAUGGUGCUGAAAACGCUUUAACACCUUUAGGAUGGAAACCGUCAGCUGAAGACGAAAAGCCAGUUUUAGAGUUAUCAACAAGUGACAGUAAUCCGAUAAUGAAUGUUGCUCUAGUAACACAAUUUGUCGACAGCAUUGAUGUCAAACUUUAUAAUGACAACGUUUUAGUUUAUGAGGAGACAGUCAAGGCACAACCAAAUGGCAUCGCAGAACUGGAAUUUAUCAAACCUCAGUUGGCUGACAAGAUAACAUUGACAAUAAUACCUGACCAAACACCUAAUGCAACUCCGGUUGUAAAAAGUGUCACCGUGGAGGCUUGUAUCAAAGCUCUGACCACAGGACAACCAGCCACAACACCUACAUCGUCUCCAGUGAUUACCUCUGGAACACCUUCUACAGCGUCAACCCCAACUACAGGUACUCAAGCUGGAGCACCAGGAACAAGUCCACCUUUGAUUCAAACAACUCAACCGUCGGUAACCACUGGACCCGCUUCUACAACUGCAGGUUUGGAAAAAUGUCCAGACGAUACGCCAAAGGGCCCAUUAAAUUUUGAAACUGUGACUUCUUCAUCGAAUCCAGAUGGUGCUGAAAACGCUUUAACACCUUCAGGAUGGAAACCGUCAGCUGAAGACGAAAAGCCAGUUUUAGAGUUAUCAACAAGUGACAGUAAUCCGAUAAUGAAUGUUGCUCUAAAAACAGAAUUUGUUGACAGUAUUGUUGUCAAACUUUAUAAUGACAACGUUUUAGUUUAUGAGGAGACUGUCAAGGCACAACCAAAUGGCAUCGUAGAACUGGAAUUUAUCAAACCUCAGUUGGCUGACAAGAUAACAUUGACGAUAAUACCUGACCAAACACCUAAUGCAACUCCGGUUGUAAAAAGUGUCACCGUGGAGGCUUGUAUUAAAGCUCUGACCACAGGACAACCAGCCACAACACCUACAUCGUCUCCAGUGAUUACCUCUGGAACACCUUCUACAGCGUCAACCCCAACUACAGGUACUCAAGCUGGAGCACCAGGAACAAGUCCACCUUUGAUUCAAACAACUCAACCGUCGGUAACCACUGGAUCCGCUUCUACAACUGCAGAUGGUGCUGAAAACGCUUUAACACCUUCAGGAUGGAAACCGUCAGCUGAAGACGAAAAGCCAGUUUUAGAGUUAUCAACAAGUGACAGUAAUCCGAUAAUGAAUGUUGCUCUAAAAACAGAAUCUGUUGACAGUAUUGUUGUCAAACUUUAUAAUGACAACGUUUUAGUUUAUGAGGAGACUGUCAAGGCACAACCAAAUGGCAUCGUAGAACUGGAAUUUAUCAAACCUCAGUUGGCUGACAAGAUAACAUUGACGAUAAUACCUGACCAAACACCUAAUGCAACUCCGGUUGUAAAAAGUGUCACCGUGGAGGCUUGUAUUAAAGCUCUGACCACAGGACAACCAGCCACAACACCUACAUCGUCUCCAGUGAUUACCUCUGGAACACCUUCUACAGCGUCAACCCCAACUACAGGUACUCAAGCUGGAGCACCAGGAACAAGUCCACCUUUGAUUCAAACAACUCAACCGUCGGUAACCACUGGACCCGCUUCUACAACUGCAGAUGGUGCUGAAAACGCUUUAACACCUUCAGGAUGGAAACCGUCAGCUGAAGACGAAAAGCCAGUUUUAGAGUUAUCAACAAGUGACAGUAAUCCGAUAAUGAAUGUUGCUCUAAAAACAGAAUCUGUUGACAGUAUUGUUGUCAAACUUUAUAAUGACAACGUUUUAGUUUAUGAGGAGACUGUCAAGGCACAACCAAAUGGCAUCGUAGAACUGGAAUUUAUCAAACCUCAGUUGGCUGACAAGAUAACAUUGACGAUAAUACCUGACCAAACACCUAAUGCAACUCCGGUUGUAAAAAGUGUCACCGUGGAGGCUUGUAUUAAAGCUCUGACCACAGGACAACCAGCCACAACACCUACAUCGUCUCCAGUGAUUACCUCUGGAACACCUUCUACAGCGUCAACCCCAACUACAGGUACUCAAGCUGGAGCACCAGGAACAAGUCCACCUUUGAUUCAAACAACUCAACCGUCGGUAACCACUGGACCCGCUUCUACAACUGCAGAUGGUGCUGAAAACGCUUUAACACCUUCAGGAUGGAAACCGUCAGCUGAAGACGAAAAGCCAGUUUUAGAGUUAUCAACAAGUGACAGUAAUCCGAUAAUGAAUGUUGCUCUAAAAACAGAAUCUGUUGACAGUAUUGUUGUCAAACUUUAUAAUGACAACGUUUUAGUUUAUGAGGAGACUGUCAAGGCACAACCAAAUGGCAUCGUAGAACUGGAAUUUAUCAAACCUCAGUUGGCUGACAAGAUAACAUUGACGAUAAUACCUGACCAAACACCUAAUGCAACUCCGGUUGUAAAAAGUGUCACCGUGGAGGCUUGUAUUAAAGCUCUGACCACAGGACAACCAGCCACAACACCUACAUCGUCUCCAGUGAUUACCUCUGGAACACCUUCUACAGCGUCAACCCCAACUACAGGUACUCAAGCUGGAGCACCAGGAACAAGUCCACCUUUGAUUCAAACAACUCAACCGUCGGUAACCACUGGACCCGCUUCUACAACUGCAGAUGGUGCUGAAAACGCUUUAACACCUUCAGGAUGGAAACCGUCAGCUGAAGACGAAAAGCCAGUUUUAGAGUUAUCAACAAGUGACAGUAAUCCGAUAAUGAAUGUUGCUCUAAAAACAGAAUCUGUUGACAGUAUUGUUGUCAAACUUUAUAAUGACAACGUUUUAGUUUAUGAGGAGACUGUCAAGGCACAACCAAAUGGCAUCGUAGAACUGGAAUUUAUCAAACCUCAGUUGGCUGACAAGAUAACAUUGACGAUAAUACCUGACCAAACACCUAAUGCAACUCCGGUUGUAAAAAGUGUCACCGUGGAGGCUUGUAUUAAAGCUCUGACCACAGGACAACCAGCCACAACACCUACAUCGUCUCCAGUGAUUACCUCUGGAACACCUUCUACAGCGUCAACCCCAACUACAGGUACUCAAGCUGGAGCACCAGGAACAAGUCCACCUUUGAUUCAAACAACUCAACCGUCGGUAACCACUGGACCCGCUUCUACAACUGCAGAUGGUGCUGAAAACGCUUUAACACCUUCAGGAUGGAAACCGUCAGCUGAAGACGAAAAGCCAGUUUUAGAGUUAUCAACAAGUGACAGUAAUCCGAUAAUGAAUGUUGCUCUAAAAACAGAAUCUGUUGACAGUAUUGUUGUCAAACUUUAUAAUGACAACGUUUUAGUUUAUGAGGAGACUGUCAAGGCACAACCAAAUGGCAUCGUAGAACUGGAAUUUAUCAAACCUCAGUUGGCUGACAAGAUAACAUUGACGAUAAUACCUGACCAAACACCUAAUGCAACUCCGGUUGUAAAAAGUGUCACCGUGGAGGCUUGUAUUAAAGCUCUGACCACAGGACAACCAGCCACAACACCUACAUCGUCUCCAGUGAUUACCUCUGGAACACCUUCUACAGCGUCAACCCCAACUACAGGUACUCAAGCUGGAGCACCAGGAACAAGUCCACCUUUGAUUCAAACAACUCAACCGUCGGUAACCACUGGACCCGCUUCUACAACUGCAGAUGGUGCUGAAAACGCUUUAACACCUUCAGGAUGGAAACCGUCAGCUGAAGACGAAAAGCCAGUUUUAGAGUUAUCAACAAGUGACAGUAAUCCGAUAAUGAAUGUUGCUCUAAAAACAGAAUCUGUUGACAGUAUUGUUGUCAAACUUUAUAAUGACAACGUUUUAGUUUAUGAGGAGACUGUCAAGGCACAACCAAAUGGCAUCGUAGAACUGGAAUUUAUCAAACCUCAGUUGGCUGACAAGAUAACAUUGACGAUAAUACCUGACCAAACACCUAAUGCAACUCCGGUUGUAAAAAGUGUCACCGUGGAGGCUUGUAUUAAAGCUCUGACCACAGGACAACCAGCCACAACACCUACAUCGUCUCCAGUGAUUACCUCUGGAACACCUUCUACAGCGUCAACCCCAACUACAGGUACUCAAGCUGGAGCACCAGGAACAAGUCCACCUUUGAUUCAAACAACUCAACCGUCGGUAACCACUGGACCCGCUUCUACAACUGCAGAUGGUGCUGAAAACGCUUUAACACCUUCAGGAUGGAAACCGUCAGCUGAAGACGAAAAGCCAGUUUUAGAGUUAUCAACAAGUGACAGUAAUCCGAUAAUGAAUGUUGCUCUAAAAACAGAAUCUGUUGACAGUAUUGUUGUCAAACUUUAUAAUGACAACGUUUUAGUUUAUGAGGAGACUGUCAAGGCACAACCAAAUGGCAUCGUAGAACUGGAAUUUAUCAAACCUCAGUUGGCUGACAAGAUAACAUUGACGAUAAUACCUGACCAAACACCUAAUGCAACUCCGGUUGUAAAAAGUGUCACCGUGGAGGCUUGUAUUAAAGCUCUGACCACAGGACAACCAGCCACAACACCUACAUCGUCUCCAGUGAUUACCUCUGGAACACCUUCUACAGCGUCAACCCCAACUACAGGUACUCAAGCUGGAGCACCAGGAACAAGUCCACCUUUGAUUCAAACAACUCAACCGUCGGUAACCACUGGACCCGCUUCUACAACUGCAGAUGGUGCUGAAAACGCUUUAACACCUUCAGGAUGGAAACCGUCAGCUGAAGACGAAAAGCCAGUUUUAGAGUUAUCAACAAGUGACAGUAAUCCGAUAAUGAAUGUUGCUCUAAAAACAGAAUCUGUUGACAGUAUUGUUGUCAAACUUUAUAAUGACAACGUUUUAGUUUAUGAGGAGACUGUCAAGGCACAACCAAAUGGCAUCGUAGAACUGGAAUUUAUCAAACCUCAGUUGGCUGACAAGAUAACAUUGACGAUAAUACCUGACCAAACACCUAAUGCAACUCCGGUUGUAAAAAGUGUCACCGUGGAGGCUUGUAUUAAAGCUCUGACCACAGGACAACCAGCCACAACACCUACAUCGUCUCCAGUGAUUACCUCUGGAACACCUUCUACAGCGUCAACCCCAACUACAGGUACUCAAGCUGGAGCACCAGGAACAAGUCCACCUUUGAUUCAAACAACUCAACCGUCGGUAACCACUGGACCCGCUUCUACAACUGCAGAUGGUGCUGAAAACGCUUUAACACCUUCAGGAUGGAAACCGUCAGCUGAAGACGAAAAGCCAGUUUUAGAGUUAUCAACAAGUGACAGUAAUCCGAUUAUGAAUGUUGCUCUAAAAACAGAAUCUGUUGACAGUAUUGUUGUCAAACUUUAUAAUGACAACGUUUUAGUUUAUGAGGAGACUGUCAAGGCACAACCAAAUGGCAUCGUAGAACUGGAAUUUAUCAAACCUCAGUUGGCUGACAAGAUAACAUUGACGAUAAUACCUGACCAAACACCUAAUGCAACUCCGGUUGUAAAAAGUGUCACCGUGGAGGCUUGUAUUAAAGCUCUGACCACAGGACAACCAGCCACAACACCUACAUCGUCUCCAGUGAUUACCUCUGGAACACCUUCUACAGCGUCAACCCCAACUACAGGUACUCAAGCUGGAGCACCAGGAACAAGUCCACCUUUGAUUCAAACAACUCAACCGUCGGUAACCACUGGACCCGCUUCUACAACUGCAGAUGGUGCUGAAAACGCUUUAACACCUUCAGGAUGGAAACCGUCAGCUGAAGACGAAAAGCCAGUUUUAGAGUUAUCAACAAGUGACAGUAAUCCGAUAAUGAAUGUUGCUCUAAAAACAGAAUCUGUUGACAGUAUUGUUGUCAAACUUUAUAAUGACAACGUUUUAGUUUAUGAGGAGACUGUCAAGGCACAACCAAAUGGCAUCGUAGAACUGGAAUUUAUCAAACCUCAGUUGGCUGACAAGAUAACAUUGACGAUAAUACCUGACCAAACACCUAAUGCAACUCCGGUUGUAAAAAGUGUCACCGUGGAGGCUUGUAUUAAAGCUCUGACCACAGGACAACCAGCCACAACACCUACAUCGUCUCCAGUGAUUACCUCUGGAACACCUUCUACAGCGUCAACCCCAACUACAGGUACUCAAGCUGGAGCACCAGGAACAAGUCCACCUUUGAUUCAAACAACGCAACCGUCGGUAACCACUGGACCCGCUUCUACAACUGCAGAUGGUGCUGAAAACGCUUUAACACCUUCAGGAUGGAAACCGUCAGCUGAAGACGAAAAGCCAGUUUUAGAGUUAUCAACAAGUGACAGUAAUCCGAUAAUGAAUGUUGCUCUAAAAACAGAAUCUGUUGACAGUAUUGUUGUCAAACUUUAUAAUGACAACGUUUUAGUUUAUGAGGAGACUGUCAAGGCACAACCAAAUGGCAUCGUAGAACUGGAAUUUAUCAAACCUCAGUUGGCUGACAAGAUAACAUUGACGAUAAUACCUGACCAAACACCUAAUGCAACUCCGGUUGUAAAAAGUGUCACCGUGGAGGCUUGUAUUAAAGCUCUGACCACAGGACAACCAGCCACAACACCUACAUCGUCUCCAGUGAUUACCUCUGGAACACCUUCUACAGCGUCAACCCCAACUACAGGUACUCAAGCUGGAGCACCAGGAACAAGUCCACCUUUGAUUCAAACAACUCAACCGUCGGUAACCACUGGACCCGCUUCUACAACUGCAGAUGGUGCUGAAAACGCUUUAACACCUUCAGGAUGGAAACCGUCAGCUGAAGACGAAAAGCCAGUUUUAGAGUUAUCAACAAGUGACAGUAAUCCGAUAAUGAAUGUUGCUCUAAAAACAGAAUCUGUUGACAGUAUUGUUGUCAAACUUUAUAAUGACAACGUUUUAGUUUAUGAGGAGACUGUCAAGGCACAACCAAAUGGCAUCGUAGAACUGGAAUUUAUCAAACCUCAGUUGGCUGACAAGAUAACAUUGACGAUAAUACCUGACCAAACACCUAAUGCAACUCCGGUUGUAAAAAGUGUCAUCGUGGAGGCUUGUAUUAAAGCUCUGACCACAGGACAACCAGCCACAACACCUACAUCGUCUCCAGUGAUUACCUCUGGAACACCUUCUACAGCGUCAACCCCAACUACAGGUACUCAAGCUGGAGCACCAGGAACAAGUCCACCUUUGAUUCAAACAACUCAACCGUCGGUAACCACUGGACCCGCUUCUACAACUGCAGAUGGUGCUGAAAACGCUUUAACACCUUCAGGAUGGAAACCGUCAGCUGAAGACGAAAAGCCAGUUUUAGAGUUAUCAACAAGUGACAGUAAUCCGAUAAUGAAUGUUGCUCUAAAAACAGAAUCUGUUGACAGUAUUGUUGUCAAACUUUAUAAUGACAACGUUUUAGUUUAUGAGGAGACUGUCAAGGCACAACCAAAUGGCAUCGUAGAACUGGAAUUUAUCAAACCUCAGUUGGCUGACAAGAUAACAUUGACGAUAAUACCUGACCAAACACCUAAUGCAACUCCGGUUGUAAAAAGUGUCACCGUGGAGGCUUGUAUUAAAGCUCUGACCACAGGACAACCAGCCACAACACCUACAUCGUCUCCAGUGAUUACCUCUGGAACACCUUCUACAGCGUCAACCCCAACUACAGGUACUCAAGCUGGAGCACCAGGAACAAGUCCACCUUUGAUUCAAACAACUCAACCGUCGGUAACCACUGGACCCGCUUCUACAACUGCAGAUGGUGCUGAAAACGCUUUAACACCUUCAGGAUGGAAACCGUCAGCUGAAGACGAAAAGCCAGUUUUAGAGUUAUCAACAAGUGACAGUAAUCCGAUAAUGAAUGUUGCUCUAAAAACAGAAUCUGUUGACAGUAUUGUUGUCAAACUUUAUAAUGACAACGUUUUAGUUUAUGAGGAGACUGUCAAGGCACAACCAAAUGGCAUCGUAGAACUGGAAUUUAUCAAACCUCAGUUGGCUGACAAGAUAACAUUGACGAUAAUACCUGACCAAACACCUAAUGCAACUCCGGUUGUAAAAAGUGUCACCGUGGAGGCUUGUAUUAAAGCUCUGACCACAGGACAACCAGCCACAACACCUACAUCGUCUCCAGUGAUUACCUCUGGAACACCUUCUACAGCGUCAACCCCAACUACAGGUACUCAAGCUGGAGCACCAGGAACAAGUCCACCUUUGAUUCAAACAACUCAACCGUCGGUAACCACUGGACCCGCUUCUACAACUGCAGAUGGUGCUGAAAACGCUUUAACACCUUCAGGAUGGAAACCGUCAGCUGAAGACGAAAAGCCAGUUUUAGAGUUAUCAACAAGUGACAGUAAUCCGAUAAUGAAUGUUGCUCUAAAAACAGAAUCUGUUGACAGUAUUGUUGUCAAACUUUAUAAUGACAACGUUUUAGUUUAUGAGGAGACUGUCAAGGCACAACCAAAUGGCAUCGUAGAACUGGAAUUUAUCAAACCUCAGUUGGCUGACAAGAUAACAUUGACGAUAAUACCUGACCAAACACCUAAUGCAACUCCGGUUGUAAAAAGUGUCACCGUGGAGGCUUGUAUUAAAGCUCUGACCACAGGACAACCAGCCACAACACCUACAUCGUCUCCAGUGAUUACCUCUGGAACACCUUCUACAGCGUCAACCCCAACUACAGGUACUCAAGCUGGAGCACCAGGAACAAGUCCACCUUUGAUUCAAACAACUCAACCGUCGGUAACCACUGGACCCGCUUCUACAACUGCAGAUGGUGCUGAAAACGCUUUAACACCUUCAGGAUGGAAACCGUCAGCUGAAGACGAAAAGCCAGUUUUAGAGUUAUCAACAAGUGACAGUAAUCCGAUAAUGAAUGUUGCUCUAAAAACAGAAUCUGUUGACAGUAUUGUUGUCAAACUUUAUAAUGACAACGUUUUAGUUUAUGAGGAGACUGUCAAGGCACAACCAAAUGGCAUCGUAGAACUGGAAUUUAUCAAACCUCAGUUGGCUGACAAGAUAACAUUGACGAUAAUACCUGACCAAACACCUAAUGCAACUCCGGUUGUAAAAACUGUCACCGUGGAGGCUUGUAUUAAAGCUCUGACCACAGGACAACCAGCCACAACACCUACAUCGUCUCCAGUGAUUACCUCUGGAACACCUUCUACAGCGUCAACCCCAACUACAGGUACUCAAGCUGGAGCACCAGGAACAAGUCCACCUUUGAUUCAAACAACUCAACCGUCGGUAACCACUGGACCCGCUUCUACAACUGCAGAUGGUGCUGAAAACGCUUUAACACCUUCAGGAUGGAAACCGUCAGCUGAAGACGAAAAGCCAGUUUUAGAGUUAUCAACAAGUGACAGUAAUCCGAUAAUGAAUGUUGCUCUAAAAACAGAAUCUGUUGACAGUAUUGUUGUCAAACUUUAUAAUGACAACGUUUUAGUUUAUGAGGAGACUGUCAAGGCACAACCAAAUGGCAUCGUAGAACUGGAAUUUAUCAAACCUCAGUUGGCUGACAAGAUAACAUUGACGAUAAUACCUGACCAAACACCUAAUGCAACUCCGGUUGUAAAAAGUGUCACCGUGGAGGCUUGUAUUAAAGCUGUGACCACAGGACAACCAGCCACAACACCUACAUCGUCUCCAGUGAUUACCUCUGGAACACCUUCUACAGCGUCAACCCCAACUACAGGUACUCAAGCUGGAGCACCAGGAACAAGUCCACCUUUGAUUCAAACAACUCAACCGUCGGUAACCACUGGACCCGCUUCUACAACUGCAGGUAUUUUUUAA